UACUGAUAGAGAGAGAUAGAGAUAGAGAUAGAGAGCGGAGGAGCGGACGCAUCCCGGAGCAUCAUGCCGCCUCUCGGACUGAAGGCUAUUGUGGGAGAAAAGAUUAUGAAUGAUGUCAUCAAAAAAGUGAGGUCGAAAGGAGAAUGGAAGGUGCUGGUGGUGGACAAACUCAGCAUGAGGAUGAUCUCAUCCUGCUGCAAAAUGACGGAUAUUAUGUCAGAAGGAAUCACAAUUGUUGAGGACAUCACAAAAAAACGUGAACCGCUUCCCACCAUGGAGGCCAUUUAUCUCAUGACCCCCUCUGAUGAGUCUGUGGAAGGACUCAUCAAUGAUUUCAGGGACCCCCGUGCCCCCAUCUACAGAGGAGCUCAUGUCUUCUUCACAGACGCUGUCCCAGACACCAUGUUCAACCUGCUGACCAAAUCACGAGCGGCCAAAGCGAUAAAGACGUUAACUGAAAUAAACGUGGCUUUCCUGCCCUACGAGUCUCAGGUUUACUCUUUGGACAAACCCAGCGCCUUCCAGGACUUCUACAGCCCCUUCAAAGCAGACGUGAAACCCAAGAUGCUGGAGCGUUUAGCUGAGCAGAUAGCCACCCUCUGCUCUACACUGAAGGAGUACCCCGCCGUCAGAUACAGAGCAGAGUACAAAGACAAUGCGAUUCUGGCUCAGAUGCUGCAGGAUAAACUGGACGGCUACAAAGCUGAUGACCCCACUAUGGGAGAUGGUCCUGAUAAGUCUCGUUCUCAGCUGCUGAUUCUGGACCGAGGUUUUGACCCGUACUCUCCGGUUCUGCACGAGCUCACCUUCCAGGCCAUGGCCUACGACCUCCUGCCCAUCGAGAACGACGUCUACAAGUAUGAGACGACGGGAAUGGGAGAUACUCGUGAGAAGGAGGUGCUGCUGGAUGAGGAUGAUGACCUGUGGGUCACACUCAGACACAAACAUAUAGCUGAAGUGUCGACGGCUGUAACUAAAUCACUGAAGGACUUCUCCUCGAGUAAAAAGAUGAACACAGGAGAAAAGACCACCUUAAAGGAACUGUCCCAGAUGCUGAAGAAGAUGCCUCAGUAUCAGAAAGAACUCAGCAAGUACUCCACUCACCUGCACCUGGCAGAGGACUGUAUGAAGCAGUAUCAGGGCACAGUGGACAAACUCUGCCGUGUGGAGCAGGACCUGGCGAUGGGUUCAGAUGCUGAAGGAGAAAAGAUCAAAGACCCGAUGAGAGCCAUCGUGCCCAUCCUGCUGGACGCCACCGUCACCAUCUUUGACAAGAUCCGCAUCAUCCUCCUCUACAUCUUCCUCAAAAACGGUGUAACGGAGGAGAACCUGUGUAAGCUUCUGCAGCACGCUCAGAUCCCACCAGAAGACAGCGAUAUAAUCUCCAAUAUGGCGCACAUGUCAGUGCCCAUCAUCUCCGAGCAAGCCACCACCCGUAAGAAGAAGACUGACCGUAAAGAGAGAAUCAGUGAGCAGACCUACCAGCUCUCCAGAUGGACUCCUCUGGUCAAGGACAUCAUGGAGGACGCCAUUGAGGACAAACUGGACCCGAAGCAGUACCCAUACAUCUCCACACGCACAGCCACCUCCAAAACCACCACCGCUACCAGUGCUCGAUAUGGUAACUGGCACAAGAAUAAAAGCCCUGGUGAAAUGCGAACAGGUCCCCGGGUCAUCGUCUUCAUCAUCGGGGGCGUGACCUACAGCGAAAUGCGCUGCGCCUACGAGGUCACGCAGGCCAACGGGAAAUGGGAGGCGCUGAUUGGAUCCACCCACACCAUCACUCCCACCAAGUACCUGAAGGAGCUCCAGCAUCAGGACUUCCUGGACCCCAACGCUGCCCCGGAGGACAAGCUGACGGCUGAGGACUGAAGCGGGCGAGAGACGGUGAGCCGGAGAGAGCGAAAGAGCCCCAAAGAAUUUAAGAAGAACCCAAGAAGAUCCAUCACUGUCCUUUAUUUAGAAGCUAGUUUUUGUUUCCACCCAGAACGUAUAUUAAAAAAAGCAUUAAGAACACUAAAAAAGCAUUAAAACUCAAGGAAUCAAACUAAAUAUUCUGGGUAUGAGUGAUACUAUAGAAUCCAUGAAUCCAAUAUCAUGAAAUAGCUAAGUUUUGGGAGGAGAAACAUGCCUAAAGCUCCUCCCCUUUCCAAUCUAACAUCCUAUAAAUCCCCUCAAUGUGUCUGAUGCCUUGUGCAGAGUUUUUGCAACCCUCCACCGCCCGAUCAGUGAAGGAUCUAGGAUUUUUUUCGGAGUAUAUAGACGGUGCGUAUGUGCUGCCGAGAGAGGGUGCUUUUCAUAGCGGGGGUGCAGAUUUAGGCACCCCCGCCAGGAAAAGCACCAGUUCUUCACCAGUCACAGCAUGUUCAAACACUUGUAUUGUAACUAUAAAUUAAAAAAUGUUACACAGUAAAAUCUAUGGAGUUCAUUUUGUGCCCAAAAGUUUUAAACAAAAAAAUACAUCUGCAAUCAAAAUGGCAGAUUAUAUACGUAUAAAAGCAUAUACAUAUAAAAUGAAGCAGAAGUAAACAAGAGAUUCCAGAAGCAAAAUACUUUAGCAGCAAAGUACACAAAAAUUUACAGAAAAUUCACAAAAACACACAAAAUAUUAAUGCUAAGAAUGGCAAAAUCUAUACGCAAAUAAUAAUAGUCAAAUAACGUACUCAAUUAUAUUUAAAAAUAUAUUUUUGAUAUAUUUGUUUCUGUUUUGAAUUUGCUACAUUACACUUUUUUUCCUUUCCUUUUGAUUCCUAAAAUUUUGAUUGCACAUUUUUUAUUUUUUUGUGUUAAACCUUUUUACACAAAGUUAACUCCAUAAAAAUCCUAGUUUCUUUAUUUUACAAGCAUUUUACUGUGUGUAGACAAAUUAUUCUCAAACACACGACAUUUAAGAACCUUUUUUUUAAUGAAUAUUGACUGUAUAUAUAUAUAUACUGUCUACAUCAGAUUUAAUCGGGCUAGACAAUGAUCUCCGCUUCUAUCAAGAAGACACGCUGCCGAGAGGGGGUGCUUUUCAUGGUGGGGGUGCAGAUUUAGGUACUACUAUGGGGCCGAAUUCAGCACCCUCGCCAGACAUUCCUAUUUAGCACUUAUAAGUGUUUGGGAUUGGAAUUGCUCUCAGGCAAACAACAGACGAGGGCCAAUCAGAUUUUAGCAGAUUUCAGCCAAUGCCCCUGUGGCCCUGCCCCUAGAACUGCCAUUGUGCCCCUGCCAUCUCCUCACUUUAACUCUGUUAUCUCUCCCUCCUGAUUCUGAUACUUAUAGGAGAGGAGGACACGCUUUCUACGACAAGCUGAAGCUGCCUGAACUCUCAAUUCUCUCUUCUAUCGUCUUUCUUUUUCUAAACAGCAAAAUAGUGGCUUUUACAGAUACAGAACUUUCCAACUAUAGACAACCAUUUAUUUCUAAAAUUUU